AUGUGGUUGACCCGCCCUUCCUGCUUCACUCCCCCUAUAACCUCCAGGGAGGAGGGAAUGUAGCACUUUGGGAGGAGUGUUGAUCUGCAGCAGCAAAUUAUGACCAUUGUAGAUGAGCUGGGCAAGGCUUCUGCCAAGGCCCAGCAUCUUCCUGCUCCCAUCACUAGUGCAUCGAGGAUGCAGAGUAACCGCCACGUCAUGUAUGUGCUCAAAGACACAUCAGCCCGACCGGCUGGAAAAGGAGCCAUUAUUGGUUUUCUCAAAGUUGGAUACAAGAAGCUCUUUGUCUUGGAUGAUCGUGAAGCUCACAAUGAGGUAGAACCACUUUGUAUCUUGGACUUUUAUAUCCACGAGUCACUUCAACGUCAUGGCCAUGGGCGAGAACUCUUCCAGCAUAUGUUGCAGAAGGAACGAGUUGAACCACACCAACUGGCUAUUGAUCGACCUUCACAGAAGCUGCUGAAGUUCCUGAAUAAGCACUACAACUUGGAGACUACAGUUCCACAGGUGAACAACUUUGUGAUCUUUGAAGGCUUCUUUGCCCAUCAACACCGGCCCCCUGCUUACUCUCUGAGGGCAGCUCGACACGCUCGUGCUGCUGCAGUGGAUUCUACUCCCGCUGCUCCAGCAAGGAAGUUGCCACCCAAGAGAGCAGAGGGAGACAUUAAGCCAUAUUCCUCUAGUGACCGCGAAUUUCUGAAGGUAGCUGUGGAGCCUCCAUGGCCCCUAAACAGGGCCCCACGCCGCACCACCCCUCCAACACACCCACCGCCUCGCUCCAGCAGCCUGGGCAAUUCCCCAGAACGGGGUCCUCUCCGCCCUUUUGUGCCAGAGCAAGAGCUGUUGCGGUCCCUGCGCCUCUGCCCCCCACACCCUACUGCCCGCCUUCUGCUUGCUACCGACCCUGGGGGCAGCCCAGCCCAGCGUCGCCGCACCAGGGGGAUAUCCCCAGGGCUGGUAGCCCAAAGUUGCUGCUAUAGCCGCCAUGGGGGGUUGAAUUCCUCAUCCCCUGAUACAGGCAAGCAAGAAUUGAAGCAGGGGGAACAGGAAACAGAGAAUAGGUCUGCCAGUGAGGAGCAGGCACCGGCCAAGGACAGCUCUGUGGAGGAACCCAUGCACACAGGUCCCCUACAGGUCCAGGCCCCACCUGCCCCUGAGAGCAUGUUCAAUGCCAGGUUCAUUCGAAACCUGCAAGAACGUCGCAGCACCAGGCCUUGGUGA